AGUCAUGACUUACGAGUUCUACAUCUCGAAUUUUCUCCGUCGCGUGGUUCAGAAUAGUACACUUCACGCGGUUUUCCACCUGACCAAUGUCAAGAGCGCAGCAUCUGAAAAAUUUUUUUGGCGUCUCAUGAUCUGGUCAUCAGUUUUAUCUGCCCUGUUUUUGGUAGCUCUUUUCUGGAUUCGCUACUUAACCAAUCCAACAGUAAUCACCUUGGACCGCAAUUAUCACGAAUGGAAUACAACGUUUCCCAGCUUGACCAUUUGUUUCCAUGAUCGAAUGAAUGCAACUGCUCGGGAUGAAUUAAUUGACCGAUUGAAACCAAAUGAUACUAAAAAGUUGGAACGAUUUCUAGAUUUAUUAGUUUCAACUGAUAUUUUUAGUGUGGGUGAAUUGGCAGAAUACGAUGAGUAUAGUGAAAUGGAUUUUAAGCUGAUCUUGAAUCAACUCACAAACGUGAUUAAUAGGAAAGUGAUUUUGGGGAAUGAUAUCGAAGCGAAGUUCUAUCGCGUAAUCACGGAAAUGGGAAUUUGCUACUCUUUCAAUUCGGACAUUAUACAUCUUAUAUCAUCGGAAGGCUUAGGAAUAUACAAUCCAGCGAACGAGCUGGUGGAAAUUAAUAUCGUCGAGCGCGAGACUACAGCCUCCUUGAGAAAUUUAACGUCAAACGGAGAUAUCUUCUAUCACGGACCAUUCGAUGCGCCGUUGAUUCUAAAACGAUUCAAAGUCCACACCUCAGCAUCAGCUUUUCUAACAAUGACAUUCAAACCUGUGACCGUUACAGCAGAUUUCACAAUACAAGAUUUGUACGUGCAGCAGCGUAACUGUAGAUUCCGACAUGAAUCAAACUUAGAUUUCUUCCCGAGUUAUUAUUCCAAUAAUUUGUGCAUACUGGAGUGUAGAUUGAAAUUCUUUAUACAGUUUUGCGGUUGCAUACCUCAUUUUUACAACCUAGCAGUUAGAGUACCAAUUUGUCGGCUGAAACAACUUAAAUGUUUGAUGGAUAAUCACAAUAACAUCACCCGAAGUUUAUCGUCCUGCGUUUGUCUGAAAGAUUGUCACUCGAUUAGUUUCACACUCCAGAACUACGUUCUAUUCGAUUGGUUUAAUGACCCACUAAUAAAAUGGGAUAUGGAUGUUCCAAAAGUUCGCUACAGUCGAAGAAUAAUCUAUGGGUUCGUGGAUGCAGUUGCUUCUACUGGAGGAAUUGCCGGGUUGUUCUUUGGGGCGAGCGUGAUUACAGUUAUAGAACUCAUUUUUCUAUUUAUUAAAACUUCACUAAAGUCAUUGGAAAGUUACAGGAAGAAACAAAAGCACCCUUCCGAGCAGAAUAUUCAUUUAAAGAUAAAGAUAAAUUGUCAUAAGAAGUAA